AUGCAGCUCCUGAUACUCCCCAAUGAAUACUUGGAGGUCGAGCGAGGCGUUGAUUGGGACAUCUCACACUACAUCGCGACGUAUCUAGGGAACCAGAAAGUCACCGUACAAGCUAUUACAGCGGCACCGGCUGGAGAGUCGGCAUGGAUAGAUGUCAGCUCAUUCCCCAUUUUUUUCGAAGGCUUCCUGAACAGUUUAUCUCAGCUGUUCGACAAGGAAACGAGACUAUGGCUCAAAGCUUGGGAGAAGGACAAGGGGAAGUAUAUCUCGCCCGUAUAUGGUUUCCUCCCGGACCCGCAGCCCAGUUUCCCUUGGCUAGAGUGUGCAACGAGGUACCUCAUCAAUAAUCCCAUGGCCGACCAUAUGCAUAUCAACUCUGCCUGCCAGAUUCGAGGCAUUGCCAAAGGCCUAUUGUUCUUACAUGAGAUGGAUAUAGUACACGGCGACAUCCGAGGAGUGAGAGAUUUCACUGAUGGUCAUCUUGUCUGCCCAACUGAUGAUUCGAAGACUACCGUGAUGAUUAACUCGGACGGCAACCCCCUCCUCUCCGAGGGUGGUGUAUUCAACGUCGUAUGCAAUGCAGACCAGAAAAUAAAGGAUGAGCAGGGAUUCUUGCUCUUAGCUUUUCGUGCGGCCAAUUGGCACGCCCCUGAGCUGCACAGAAACUUGGACGUUCCGGCAGCACCUACCAAGCAGUCGGAUGUCUACUCAUUCGGUAUGACCGUGCUCGAGCUUCUGACUCACGAGAGACCCUACCGUGCAAUGCGGUCAUACGGGGUAACUUACCAUGUUCAGCAUACACCAGGCUUCCGUCCAAGCAGACCUGAGGACGACGUCGUGCGCCUGAGGGGCCUCAAUGAUGCAUUAUGGGACUUCUUGCAAGAAUGUUGGAGCGAAGACCCAGCAAGGCGGCCCAGUAUGCAUCGCGUGGUGGAGGUCAUGGAUUCCAUCUAA